AUGGACGACUUCGAUAGCCUCUGUCUACCUAUCCCUCCACUUCCGGUGGAUGUCGUUCGCCUGCUUGUGGAAGUUACCGGUGAAAUAGAUCACAGGAGCGCAAUGGCGCUGGCACUAUCUUGCAGACGGUUUGAAUGCUGGGUUACUCCCAUAAUAUAUCGUUCAGUGAAUCUCAAGACAAUCCGUUCCGUCGACAAUUUCCUGUAUGCUCUGGAACACUCCGACAAGGACGUACGGCUCAUGGUCAGAGUUCUGACGAUCGACACGAUGGCGGGCGCCUACUACUCUCGGACAAGUCUUGCGACCACACAGAUAAUAUCCCUUUGCACCAACGCUGUCACCAUCGCACUCUGGUCGCUGAAGGACAAGGAGUCGCUCUUAGACUUGUCGAAACACAAGUGUCUUCGAAGAGUAUCCAUACACAUGGAGUACUUCAUGUCCGACAAGUCAUGCGUCUUGAGCAGCCUUCCGGGCAGUAUCCCCAACUUUAUGUUCAACAUCACGCACCUGGAUCUGUACGAGUUCAAGGAGAGGGUUUUACAACGGGCAGAGAUCCUUCAGUAUCUCCACCGACUCACCCACCUCUUCAUGGUCUCUGCGAGUGAUGAAGCACUUACGCUUGCGUCACAUUUCGCACCGUUCCUACCAUCUUCGACGAGGGUCUGGAUAAUCCACUUCCGGUACUAUCAAGUGUGCGACAUGAAAGUCAUCGACGACAUAGCUGGGGGACACGCGGACCCUCGCCUGGUAGUAUCCAUGAAGACAACAAAGAAUUCCCCAGAAAUGGCGAAUGCCAAAUACAUCAUCCAUCGUGUUCUUGCCCAGACAGCGGAGACAAAGACGAUAUGGCGCGAAUGGGGCGGCCCGCUUCUCCAAGAACCGGAUUUCUGGGAGGAAGCUGAAAUGAUCAUUGCGGAGCGGAAACGCUCUAAAAAGACACCCCAUGAGAAAAAGGAUGAAGAUUGGAGGGAGUUGCAUUGGUGA